AUUAUUAUUUCUACGCAGUAUUACUGUUAUGUAACAGUAAAUAUUGCAACUACGCCAAGGACUUAUGUUUCAUCGUUACACGUGCACAUUAUUUUCACCCCAGCAACUGGCACAGGAAACUGGAGAUUCCUUCAAAAUCGCACUCGAUCGCCACCGCUCUGAUGAAUGGCGAUUCGAAGGGCCUUUUCACAUGCUUAUAAAUCCGUCAAGCAAGCUAAAAGAGCAGCAUUCACUCGCAAGAACCUGUUUUACACCAAUGUCUUAAUAUCAGUAGGAAUCUCAACUAUGGGUGACAUGCUUGAACAAAGUUAUGAAGUGUACAGUAGAAAGAUUCCUGGGUACGAUUUGCACCGCACCGCACAGAUGGGCUUCUCAGGGGCCACCGCCGGUGUAAUCUGCCAUCACUGGUAUAACAUACUUGAUAGAAUUAUUAUCGGAAGAUCUCUGGGUAUGGUGAUUAAGAAAUUGAUGCUAGACCAAUUUGUUUGUUCACCAAUUAUAAUCUUAUCAUUCUUUGCCACGGUUGCUAUUUUUGAGAAGAAUCCUUGGGAGAAUUUCACUGAUGAAGUCAGGGAUAAGUUCUGGAUUCUCUACAAAGCUGAAUGGGUGGUGUGGCCUCCAGCACAAAUAAUUAAUUUUUAUUUUUUACCAACCAAGUACAGAGUACUGUAUGAUAACACAAUUUCCCUUGGUUAUGAUAUCUACACAUCUAAAGUUAAGCAUGACAAAUCUUUGAAGAAAGAAAGAGAUAAGGAAUAAACUUUAACUCAUGUUGAAUAUUUUUUAUGCAGUGAAUAUU